AUGAAGUUCUAUUCAGUUCUUGCGCUUGUGUUCACAGGCCGCUCGUUAGCAGCAAGUAUCGCCGCUACCGAUUCGUUCCGCGCUGAGGGAUACCAAGCUAGCAACGCAUUUCCAGCCCAGCCUUUGUUCUCUGAUGGUCGUAAGGCUCACUUUGUUGAUUUAAAUCUAAGGCUAGUACUCGCUGACACAACAUUCGCAAUAGGGGCCGCAUAUCUUGGAGACUACAGUCUGUUGAACAACACUGAUGCCGCACCUGUCAUCCUCCAACGCAGUGGCUCUGCUGUUUCGCACUGGUCGGCCGCACCAGGGGCGACCAACGGUGUCCGCCCAUCUUGGACCGGAGUGCGUAUUGCUGUGCCAUCUAGCGGGUCUACCGAACAUGAUGUGGUUUUCGUAGAUCCCACGUCGGACUUGUCCAACCUUGUGGAUGACUUUGCUCUCUACAACCCCCAGAUAUUUGUUCAAAACCUAGAAAGCUCACAGCUGGAGGAUUGGUGGUUUGCCCAGCCUCAUGAAGUGGACGGCGUCUGGAAAUUGCUCUGGUGGCCUAACGGAGAUGACACUGAUGGGAAGACCAGAAUCCAGCUCCGAAAGGCCAGCCAGUAG